CGCUUCAAGAAGUUUUACGCUGAUUGGCCCCAUCUCGUUCCUGAGCUUGGUCCUCCCUCUGUUCCCUUUACUAUCUUCUAAAAUGAUUGGCUGCCGCCUACAUGCAAUACGCGUCUUGAUCAUUCGCUCUGAACUAUGUGUGUGUGUUUAUGCGGGAUAUGUCGCAACGAUAGCUGCCAUCUUCGUGUUUUUCGUGUUUUUCGUGUUUUUCAUGUCCGUUUUUUCUUCCAGAAAUGUGGACAGUGAUGCCUUUUUUUUUUGUUUCCGAUGCGAACAUUUGAGUUGCUGUUACGUUGUAUGUAUGUGGUGUAUGAUGCGCAAGUUGCGAGUGUGUGCGUAUGCUAUGUCUGUACACAUUAUGGGCAUAUCCUAAACAAGGGGUAGCGUAUGGGAUAGGAACACAGAAAAGUCAGAAAAAACCAGCCUUAACCCAGAGAGCAUCGCAGUCGUAUCGCAUCAACAUUAACCAGCAUCAACAUUAACCAGCAUCGGCAUUAACAAGAGCAAUGCCUGGACAGC